AUGACAAUAUUGGGGGCUAUUCGUUUUCUAGACCAUUUCAGCGACCUUUAUGGCAACAGACUGACUGUCUCUGCUCGAAGAAAGUCAGAUGCUGUUUUGAAAGCAGUGCUCAGAGCAUUCUCACUUCAGUGGCUCUCGCCUAUCAAUUCUACCACUGGUGUUCAUUUGACAAACAACCAUAGCAGUACUGUUGGCAGAGACACGCCCCGCGAUUUAUCGAUGGACGCUUUCUAUGACAGUUGGUUUCAAGCACGAUCGCUUAUCAAUAGUGCGCUUUCUGUUCAAUCCUUCAGAGUUAUAUAUGCGAUAUUAAUGUUCGAUGGUAUUUCAAUUCCAGCGAAGGCGAGCGGCGAGACUGUUGUAGCCCAUGAAUUUCUUGAGGUGGGGUUGCAGAAGAUGAAUUGCCUGACUGGGCUUGUUGAGCAAUACUGUACGAACCUGGGGCCGCAUUCUAUAUAUGGUCCUGUCAUGGACGCUAGCUUGAGCGUAGUGCGAUGGUGUGGCCAUGUCCGUGAUAUAGGGGCAGCACUCACAGCAGAUCACGUAUGCAAGCUUUCUGACGUUUCAGGUAAUGACAAAGGUCAAGCGACCUCUUCCGGAUGCGAGCCAAUGUCGCCUUCUCUUUUUCAUCGGAGCUUCAAUCAAGACUUUGAUGAUAGUGUCCCCGGUAUAUGUCGCGCAGCAGCCGCGGAGGCUUUCCGUGUCUGGAAACAAAUAGUUUCAAUAAAAGGAUCCCUCUCUAGCCCGAUCAAGAAUGACAUUGGAUCAUUUCCAAACCUAUCUGCGGAUAUUACCUCGACGGUCACGGCAGUUGGUAAAUUCAAGGAUGUGUUUGGCUCUUCCUUGGACCUCUGUAUAGGAAAUCUUGGAUAUCUUUCCAUGCGCUCAAGAUUGUCUUCUGUCUCCAUUGCAAUGUUCUGGAACCUCGGUGUCUUUGUUCUCAUGGAAAGUCUGGACCCUACUAUGAAGGGGCUAAACCCACCUUGCACUCACAGUGUCUUUUCAAGACUACAAACAUACACCGAGGAGGCUGCUUUAUUAGUAACACGGGCAGCAGAGCGCGUGCUCUCGCUUCCUUUCGAGGAGAUCUUCAACCUCCAGAACGGCGUUAGUGCUGAGGCUUCGGUACUCUCCUACCAUAUCACCCCUACGCUAGUAGCGGCUACCUUCCAAAAGGCAGUCGAGAAUAUACUUAGUAUGCAAUUAUAUGCGCCUUGUGAUGUGGGCACAGUAGAAGACAGACCCUUAAGUCUCUAUACUGACUUGAACUGGAAAAAACAUAUCGACACCAUCCUGAAAGCCCUUGUUUCGCUUGAUGCUACGAUUGGUGGAUUACAGGCCUCAAGUGUGGCAAUACAAAGUCUAAUGCGAAAUCAUGGGGAUAUUAUAUCGGAUUGUUGGUCGUGCGACUUUGAGACUUAA